ACCUCUUAAUCUAACCAAUUACACAUACGAGGCUAAACUAGGUAAACUUCUUACUAGAAUAUGACUAUUCAGUAGAGUAAACUGGCUGUAUUUCACCAACAAAAUUCUCCUCUCUUUUCCUUACAAGCCACCAUCAUCUUCAUCCAUAAACCCCGCCUCAAAUACCUACAAUUUCCCCUUUAAUUACAUCUCAUAAUCUCCAUUUCCCAUCUUUAUUUUCCGCCAUGGAAGAAUCCGGCUUUUACCCAGAUCGAAACAAUCAACAAAUCCCAUCAUUUUCAUCCUCAUCAUCAUCAACCACAAGUGUUCAUGUUACCGCACUUGACGGCCUAGUUAACGUUAAUUCCCUUUUCACAAUCGCCGUCUUUGUGGGUCUUUCUCUAACAACACCAGGCCAACGUAGCUUAGAGAAUCGUUCAUCUUGUGACGCCGGCAUUGACGUAGCUAAGAAGCUUCUAGUAUUCGAAGUGGUUUCCUUUAGUUUCUUCCUGUUUUCUUCCUUAGUUGCUCAAGGAUUAAAGCUUGCAAUCAACAUAUUGAAUAGUAAAGAUGUUGAUGAAGUAUUUAGAGCUCAUAUCAACACAAAGGUAUUAAGAGUUGGGAUGUUGGUUUCUGCUGUUGGAAGUGUAAUGGGUUGCUUGUUUUUGAUGUUGUCAAUGGUGAAUGUGAUUGAAAUUAGAUUGGGAUUGUUGAGUUGUGGGAGUAAAUCUGCUGGGCAUGCUGUUGCUGCUUUGGUUAUUCUUGUUACUUCUGCGCUUUUGGUUUAUAUUUCUACUGCUCUUUAUGCUUUCUUGCAUUGAUUAUUAAUUAUUGGUGUUGUAAUUGAAAUUUGGGGACGUAUUUGUAUAAACUUGGUGGAUGUUUAUUCGGGAAUUUCAAUGGAAUUUGCUCUGUUUUUGAUCAAUUUUGUGUUAUGCUGUGUUUUUUUUGUUAGCAGCCUAUUGUUCAUCUGUUCAUAUGCUAAUCAAUACUAACUGUAGUCUUUAGGCGAAGUAGUCGUUCAUUGUUCUAUCAUUGGUUGAAUUAGUGUUCUUAU